GAGUAAGUAAAAAAUUCCCCCAAAAGGGAAACGCCGCGAAAAUUCCCCCUGCUAUGGGUAGCGACCCGCUUCCCCUAAAAUGGAUUGAGGGCCCUGAAACAGCUAUCGAUGAGCGCGAAAUAUGCUUCAAAUCCUUAACUAAACUUAUGCAACUGUGCAAGAUUUUUGUGAAUGACACCAUACUUUGUUAAUAUAUAAGAAAUAAUUUAUUUACCCGUAUAUUGGCCGUUUUCUCGAAUAGUUUUAUAUUUGAUACCGUUGGAAAUAAUACAUUUUUUUAAUCGGCAGCAGAACUAAGAAGUCAUGUGGCAGGUAAUUUACAUGUUUCGGAUUACCCACCGGUACGCAGUACUCGAGGGAUACGUUACUUGUAUGUCUUAGGGCACAGGUUAUUGUCAACACUAUUCAACAAUGCAAUUCUCAAACCCAACAAAAUAAAACAUGGUCACGGGCUAAACCAUGACACACUGAAUACAAUGAAUGCUUUUGGUGUGGUAGGUUUAAUGUAAAAACAAAUAAUGUAUAUAUAUCAAUAAAAAAAAAACAUUUGCUAAAGUUAAUACAAUGAACUGUUUUUGAAACACGUGUCUUCUCAUUCAAAAAACAAUCUGGUGGGUUGAACGGAAUGGAUGUCAAUAAUGCGUUUUGGAACGAUGACAAUAUUUAAAACACCAAAAUAUAAUUCAAAUAAGCAAAAACGCACACAACAGUUUGAAAACUAUAUUAAGAAAAACACUGCACAACAAUGAGACCAAAGUUAAAUCAAUACUUGCAUCGUUACCGGUAUUAUGGUUACGUCACUAAGCCAUUUUAAAACUGAUCCAAACGACAUUUACUCUGGCCGAUAGAUGGAAAACAUGUUCAGGCCAUUAUUACAGAAUAUGUAGGUAUAAAUAAGCCAGUGCAGAUGGAUUCUUAUUAACCCACGGAAGUAUUUUAAAAGCAAGUGAUCUUGAUUAAAGGUGGGGUCACCGCCUUAGAACGGUCGAUGCAAAGCAUUGGGGUUUUAAAACAAAAUGAAUGACGUGUCGAAACUCACACAUAGUAAAUAAUUCAUCAGUAAAUAAAUAUUAGCCUCAUACGAUUGUUAUGCAAAUUAAAUAGCAAUUAAAGAGAAUUUAAAUUCAAUAACAAUUUAAUUACUCGGUGGUUUUAUAUGCAUUCGGCCAAGAGAAUAUAAUAACAACUUUCUGUAAAUGCAAAUAUCAACUAAUUUGCUUCAUAUAAACAAAACUUGGAAAAUUAUAAUCAUUUAGUAAAAAACAAUAUCAUCGCAAUGCACAUCGGGAAGAAACCGUAAUACAUAUGUUCUCCUAUUCUUACAUGAAGCCCAUUGCAUUUUAAAGUGUUUAUAUUUAUAAUCGAGUCAUUUAUUGAAGUAAAACAAACCCAUGCAGCAUGUACAACAUAAACAUUUUCGCGUGUGUUUUUUAUAAUGGUAAAAAAGUGUCAUAUUUUAAAUAUCGGUGGUUUGUCAGACGCGCGAGCGUCUGAAGAUGUCAUCUUCAAAUGUAGACAUACCGAAAUCUUCGUCAUAGAUUUAAGCUACCUUUUUUAAGAAAAUGACCAGAUUGAUUUGUAUUAUUCACUGUCAUUCACAAAAAUUGAUAAAUGUUCUUUUAGCAAUUUCAAAUAUGAUUAAUAUGACAUUCAUAUUCACAAAAAUGUUGGAAUUUUAGUACCAGCUAGGGUCUAGACUGAGUGGUUAAAUUACAGAUGCCCCCGUUAUAAGUCAAUAUUUGGUGUCUUAAGUUGCUAUUUUGUGUCGGAAAUUACUUGAAGCAAUGUUCUGUGUUACCGUAUUCAUUGCUAAUACCACCAUUACACGUGACGACUGGGGUAUUUCGGUACCCGCGUGAGCGUGUAACUUACCGAAAUACCAAUAACCGUUUGCUUAUUUAAUUUAUUAACUAGUUUUGUUUGCAUGUGGACAAUACAAAAGAUAAGUUCACUCUUAUUAAGGCUAAAAAACACCAUAACCUGGUGUAAAAUCGGGGAAAUCGGUACCCGUUCCAACAUACUUUGUUGCAUCAAUUACCGAAAUCAUGAAAUGUAAUGUAUUAAUGAUCAUCAAACAUGCUACAAAAUUAUGUUAUUUCAUGUCUCUGCCAAAUAUCGACCAGGUACAAUUACGUAUAUUUACCGUACCCGGGGUACAUGUAAGUUUAUAUACUUAAGAGUACCCGGGGUACAUGUAAGUAGUACCCGAGCCGACAGUGACCAAUCGAGCAUCACUUAACCAUUUAUAAAGCACCUCGUAGCGAUGCUGCUAAUGACGCUGGGGGGUUAAAUAUAUUUACUGAAAAUCAUCGUUUUUCGUUGGGCAUGAAUUUUCGUUGAGUUCUUACGAAAGACAGAAUUUCAUGCCGGAGAAUUAUUAUUUACUGUGAAAAGCACCUCUUAGCGACGAUGAUGAUAAAGCCCGGUUGCGCUCUUAAAUUCAUAUUCCUUACAUUUUUAAAACUAGUUUUAUGUUAUCCUGACGUAAGAACCCACCAACAAUGAUAAAAUUGAAAUACAUUUAUGCGUUUUACCAUUUCCACUAGCAAACAGAUGAAACGAUACAUACUCCUAGUGCUAAAGCGUCCGAUCGUCAGGGAUGCAUGAUUUUAUCGUGGGCAUUCUCAGAAUGUAGUCAUAUGAUAAAACGUACAAUUUUAAAUCAAAAUCUUAACUAACAACUAAGAUAUUCAAGUUUGAAAAGUAUUGCGUUAAAAAAGUCUCCAAGUAUACAUGUUGGUUUAGUACUUGAAAUAAAUAUCCUAAUAUUCGAAAAAUCUUUAAAAUUCGAAGCUCGCAGAAGACUAAGUUAUAAAGUUAGCCUCUUAGUAAUUAACCCGUCUUUUAGCCAGCAUUCAAUAAACAUUUACGGUUAAUUAUUUUCUGAUGAUUAUGAUUUCUUUUAAUUUUAUAAUAUUCAAACUUAAGUUUUAAAAAGCACAAAGGAUCUCUGUCAAAAGUUAACAUUUGCAGUUAACUUUAUCAACAAGACUGAGUCAGAUUACAUGUACAAUGUUAAAUCAGCAUUGACGCAUGCGCAACGAACAAAUAAAGAAUAGUGUUUCAAAGAAUAUACUCCGUGAUCAAAUAUUAAUAAACUUAAAAUAGCAUGUCCAGUAGCAAAAGAAAAAUAAGAAAAUGAAAAAUAAAUCUGUUUGAAGCCUACAAGCAUAACAAAUAAACGAUUAGAGAUCGAUUCGUCAACAAACAAAUGUCACUGCAACGAAAAAACAACCUUUGUAUGUAUACAAUUAAACGUAAACACUAUAAUAAUUUAAUGGCUUUUGUAGAUUAAAUAUGAUCUCGAAUUGAAUGAUGUUUCGUCAGAAGUGUACGCCAAUAUUGCUUUAAACACCGAUAUUGUUAUCGGAAUCAAUCAGCCACUUGUUGAUUGAUAUUCGGUUAUUAGAGUGAUCCAUGCUUUAUGUAUUAAUAUAAUAUUCUCAAAGGUUUUAAUAAACAGCUAAUCCUUUAAUCGGAACAAUAGUGAAAAUUGUAUUCCUCUGUAGGCUGUAAACUACAAAACUGUUAUAUUGACUGCUGUUUCUAUACGUUCAUGUAUCGGAAAGAGAAUUCGUGCUAAGAGCAUUUUCAUGUAACGUUGUUUUGAAAAAGACGGAUUACUGUCAGAAGUAAAUGUGUAGAUAUGACACGAAUUGUCACCUCGGUUUGUGAAGAUGUUACUGAUAAGAAGCAUUUAACCCAUUAAUGUCUAGUGGACUCUCCCAUCCUUCUAAAUUGGAUCAAUUUAUUUUCAAAAUUAGGGAUGUCUAGUAUAUUUAUUUCUAUAUUUAGAACAAUUCUUACAGAAAUUCCUGUAAGCAAACAGCGUAGUUCCAGAUGAGACGCCGCAGCGUCUCAUCUGGGUUUACGCUGUUUGCAAUGUCCUUUUUUUCCGGACGCUAGGCAUAAAUGGGUUAAAUUGAUAAACUUAUAAGUGUUUUACACGGGUUAGUGAAACCUUGCUAAUGUGGCAGAAUCAUUAUUACGUUAAAACACGUACUGUAAUAAAAAAUGCAUGCUCGUGUGUGAUAUAUAUAGCAUGCUUUCUUAUAAAGCAUAAUAAUUAUAAUUUUAAGUGUGCAACUAUGUAUAUAUAAAUACACACAUGAAGGACUUAAAUUCAAUUGUUAGUUAAAUGGAUGCAACACUUUAUUACUAAGAUAUAAUCUUUUAGUAGAAAAUUACAUUUCUCGUCUGCGACAACAAUUGCAACAGCAGUCGACAAUUAUGCCGUACCGAAACCACGUGGUCCCCUUGGAACCUACGGUAGAACCCGAGGAGUUCCGACUGAAGAAGACGGUGUUUCUUGGAUACACAGAUACGGGCUUUGCUAGGAAUCUCUAUGAAGCGCGAAUAUUACGACGUUCAAAUUCCAGAGCUGUGUAAAGCGCGGGUCGCAGUGGAACUUCCCGGAAUACUGGACCCGCGGGACAAGCCGUAUUCGCCUCUACAAGUCUGGAACCUGAAAUAUGAGCAAUUUUCAGUGAUUUUUGUGAACACGAUUCUCAAGCCAGAAACCUGCCACCACGUGUGCAGCUGGAUAGUCGACAUGUGCACGAGCAGCUGCGUUGACAAGCUGGUGGUGCUCAGCGCUCUGAGGGUCGAUGUCCCGUCCAGUCACGUGUCCAGUCACGUGUCACGUGAUCCCAUUUACGAGAAGACUAUCAACGACAUGCCACUCACAAACUGUCUGUCACUUCCGGGCGAGUCACGCAUGACAGACCCCUUCCUCAGCACGCUCAUACAGAUGAUACACGUUGGUUUUGUGCCCACGUGUUUCCUCGUGGUUCCCGCUCACAGGGCGUGGCCGGGCACAGCGCGGGACGAAGACGGCAGCAAGGAGGUCAUAAGAACAUUUCAGAGAACCAUUAAUGGUGCGACAAAAAUAAGCUUUGAUGAGAAGCUCUCGUUUAAAUUGAUUUAUAAAGGAGAGAAAAUCACCAAUAGUGCAUCGACGAUAUACAACUGAAGAAAGACAGUCUCGCUGACAAGACAUAUAUGGUUUGAUUGCUGACAGGGACAUGAAUGGUUUGAAUGCUGACAAGAAUAUGUAUAGUUUGAAUAUUUGCUGAAAAGGACAUAUAUGGUUUGAAUUCUUGCUGACAAGGAAAUGUCAGGUACGAAUCUUUGCUGACAAGGAAAGGUAUGGUUUAAAUUCUGACAAGGACAUGAAUGGUUUGAAUGCUGACAAGGAUAUGUUUAGUUUGAAUAUUUGAUGAAAAGGACAUGUAUGGCUUUAAUCUUUGCUGACAAGGACAUGUCAGGUUUGACUCGUUGCUGACCAUGAAAUGUAUGGUUUUGAAUUUAAACUUUUAAUGCUGACAAGGACAUGAAUAGUUUGAAUGAUGACAAAAGCAUGUAUGGUUUAAAUGUUUGCAGUCUCGCAGAAAAGGACGUGUAUGGUUUUGAAUGCUUGAUACCACGUUGUCCGUUCUGAGCAACGGUAGUGGUAAUGUGACUUCAUACCGUUAUAGAAAUCGUCAUGUACAACGGUAGUGUUGAUGUGACUAUAUAAUCUUUUACACAUGGUGAUGUACAUGUACAACAAUAAUGUUGAUAUGACUAAAUAACGUAAAAGAAAUAGUCAUAUGCAACGGUAGUGGUGAUACGACGAUAUUACAUUAUAGACACUGCCGUGUAUAAAACUAUUGUCAUAUUGUAUGGAGCCAUUGAUAUGAACUGGGGUUUUACUAAAUGUUUUACCUUUUCUUUAAAUACUUGUCUUGGCACCAUCAUUGCAAUAGUCAGUGAGUUAAAACAAACAUAAUAAGUAAACAUAUGCGUAUGGAAUUGACUUUUCACAGAUCCCAUUACAUUUAAAUCAAAUAAUGUUUGUAACUUGCAACUUUGACAAGAAAUGUGGAAAUCGUUCUUUCUGUUUAAGUUGACUAGGAGACUAUCUGUUCCGGGACGCACUUUCCCCUCGAUUAUUUAGAACAUAAAUGCAUUGUCCAUAUCUAAAAUCACGGCAUUUAAUUAAUGAAUAUAUAUAUUUUUAUUUAUCCCUAUGUAUUGCACUAUAAUCUUCGAAAUUAUAAUUAUUAAACGCAUUGCAUUUUU